CUUUUCAAGAAGAACAGGCACAAACGAAAACAAGAGGGAAACGACACAAACUCCUGGUUAAUUUGGAUAAAAAAGAAUUUAAAGGCUGUGUGUGUUUAAAGAAAGAAGAAGAAGAUAAGAAACAUCAUCUGAAUAUGAAAGGAACAGAUUCUCAGGCUGAAAUAGUUGAAGGAUGCAGAUUACCUGUGCUGCUAAGAAAUGGAGACGGAUGGCAUAUGGCAGAGAUUUUGGGGAAGAAAGAAACAAAUGGAAAGAACCUCUACUACAUACACUAUGAUGAUUUCAACAAAAGGUUGGAUGAAUGGGUGACAGAAGAGCGGAUGGAUAUUUCCAAGCUUGUGCAGCCAUCGAAAGAGGCAAAGACACCAAAAAAGGAAGGGGUAAAAACGGGGACAGGGUCAAGGCCAGGCACUCCUGAGAGAGAAGUAGUAGUACAGCAGAAUGGCUCAUCCGGAAACAAGAAAUUUAGUGGUAACAGGAAGAGGAAGGGGGCAGAUGACACAGAGAUUUCUGAACCAGCAACACCGAGUAGAAAUAAUACCUCAAAUCAGCUGACUGUGGCUGACCCCUUUGCGACUCCCACCAGCAGCAGAAAUAAUACUCCUACAUUAGGCCUCCAGCAACAAAAUAGUGUGACUGUGAAUGAAGAUGGAUCUAAAAAACCCAGACAAACUGGAAGUAUGGUAGCUCACCAUGACGAUAUAGUGACCAGGAUGAAAAAUAUAGAAAUGAUUGAAUUAGGAAAAUACAGAAUACGUCCCUGGUAUUUCUCUCCCUAUCCUCAGGAAUUAACCUCAUUGCCCAUAUUGUACAUUUGUGAAUUUUGUCUAAAAUAUGUGAAAAGUAAAAAGUGCCUAGAGCGACAUAUCCAAAAGUGCCUAUUACGAUAUCCUCCAGGAAAUGAAAUCUACAGAAAAGGAAACAUAUCAUUUUUUGAAAUUGAUGGGAGGAAAAAUAAGGCAUAUGCUCAGAAUCUCUGUCUCCUGGCCAAGCUAUUUUUAGAUCACAAGACUUUGUAUUAUGACACGGAUCCUUUCCUCUUCUAUGUGAUGUGUGAACAAGAUGUCAAAGGUUACCAUAUUGUGGGCUAUUUCUCCAAAGAGAAGGAAUCUACAGAAGACUACAAUGUGGCCUGUAUUCUGACACUACCUCCCUAUCAAAAGAAAGGAUUUGGAAAACUCCUCAUAGAAUUCAGUUACGAGUUGUCCAAGUGUGAAGGGAAGACCGGUUCUCCAGAGAAGCCACUGUCGGAUCUUGGUCUACUCUCCUACAGAAGCUAUUGGUCACAAACUCUACUAGAAAUUCUCAUCAACAUGACACCCUCAGAGGGAAACGAUAGACCUGUGGUCACCAUCAAUGAAAUCUCAGAAAUGACAAGCAUCAAGAAAGAGGAUGUGAUUUCCACAUUACAACAUCUAAAUCUGAUUAACUAUUACAAGGGGCAGUACAUCAUCACGCUGUCUCAUGAACAGAUUGACACUCAGAUGAAAGCCAUGGAAAAACGCAAGGUACGAAUCGACCCCAAGUGUUUACACUGGCAACCCAAGGACUGGAGCAAACGUGGAAAGUGGUGAGAGAAGUUGUCCGAUUGGUGGAGAAUGUGAUAAAAUGUGACCUGAUUGGUUGUUCACUUCAGUCACCUUACAUCGAGUGCCCAACAUCAUAAUCAUCUCUCAAGAGUGAUUCAUACCUGUGUUAGUUUUUUAUGGAGAGACGUAACCAUUUUCAUUUUUGAAUCCCAAUGCAGAUUUUCAUUUCAAAAUUCAAAUAAUGUCAGUAGUGUAAAUGAAGUUUGUUAGAUGAAAUUUUAUGCCUGAAUUUGUCUAAGAGUCAGAUGGUUUUUCUGUUAGACAAGCCUCUUCUGUGGAUCAGUUGUUUUCCAGUAUAUUUGUCAUGUUAACUUACCAAUAAAUAGUUAAGAAUAAAGUCCUAUUUUUAGCUCACCUGAGCUGAAAGCUCAAGUGAGCUUUACUGAUCACCUGUUGUCCGUCCGUCUGUCUGUCCGUCCGUCUGUAAACUUUUCACAUUUUCAACUUCUUCUCAAGAACCACUAGGCCAAUUUUAACCAAACUUGGUACAAAGUAUCCUUGGGUGAAGGGGAGUUUAAAUUGUUAAGAUAAAGGGCCAAGUCCCCUUACAAGGGGAGAUAAUCAAGAAAAGACAAAAAUAAGGGGGGGUCAUUAAAAAAUCUUCUUCUCAAGAACCACUGGGCCAAAAAUGUUGAAACUUAUAUGGAAGCAUCCUGGGAUAGUGUAAAUUCUAAAUUGUUAAAAUCAUGACCCCCGGGGGUAGGGCGGGGCCACAGUAGGGAAUCCAAGUUUUACAUUGAAAUAUAUAGGAAAAAUCUUUAAAAAUCUUCUUCUCAAGAACCACUGGGCUAGAAAAGCUGAAACUUAUAUGGAAGCAUUCUGGGGUAGUGUAGAUUCUAAAUUGUUGAAAUCAUGACUGCCGGGGAUAGGGCGGGGCCACAAUAGGGAAUCCACGUUUUACAUUGAAAUAUAUAAGAAAAAUCUUUAAAAAUCAUCUCAAGAACCACUGGGCCACAAAAGCUGAAACUUAAGUGGCAGCAUCCUCAAGUAGUGUAGAUUCUAAAUUAUUAAAAUCAUGACCCCCAGGGGUAGGGCGGGGCCACAAUAGGGAAUCCAAGUUUUACAUUGAAAAUAUAUAAGAAAUAUCUUUAAAAAUCUUCUUUUCAAGAACCCCUGGGCCAAAAAUGUUGAAACUUAUAUGGAAGCAUCCUGGGGUUGUGUAGAUUCUUAAUUGUUCAAAUCAGAACCCCCGGGGGUAGGGCGGGGCCACAAUAGGGAAUCCAAGUUUUACAUUAAAGUAUAUGAGAAAAAUCUUUAAAAAUCUUCUCCUCAAGAACCACUGGGCCAGAAAAGCUGAAACUUAAGUGGGAGCAUCCUCAAGUAGUGUAGAUUCCAAAUUAUUUAAAUCAUGACCCCCGGUGGUAGGGCGGGGCCACAAUAGGGAAUCCAAGUUUUACAUUGAAAUAUAUAAGAAAAAUCUUUGAAAAUCUUCUCAAGAACCACUGGACUGGAAAAGCUGAAACUUAUGUGGAAGCAUCCUGGGGUAGUGUAGAUUCUAAAUUGUUCAAAUCAUGACCCCCGGUGAUAGGGCGGGGCCACAAUAGGUAUUACAUGGGGGAAAUCUGGUUCAAUGCAUGGCCGAAGUUGCUCAGGUGAGCGAUGUGGCCCAUGGGCUUCUUGUUAUAAUAGUAUGGUAAAGUAGCAGUUUUGGUACAUGACAUUCAAAUACUUGGAGAUUUUCAAAAAUAGUGACAUAGGAUGGAGUGUUAUGUAUCCCUUGGUAAUAAAAAUAAAUGGGAAGUACCGAGUACAGAUUUAUACUGAGAAUCAGUGCUGUAUGAAUUAAUGCUGUAUUUUUAUAUACAUGUACAUGUAUACAAAAAAUUGCUGCACAGGCAUAUCCAUAAUAAAGAGGACCCCUGAAUAUACCUGCCCUGGACACCUACCUACAGUGUACAGUCUGGGUUCAGUUUCUUCUUUCAGUAUUGGGAACCAAGGCUUACAGAUUGCUGGUUGGAAAACCAUGGGGUGUAGCAAAGCAAAAACAAAUCUGACAGAUCUCUUGGUACCAUAUUUAAUUGUACUCAAAGGAGACAUAAAUUAACAUUUUGUACAAAUAAACAAUAAAUAUGUACAAAAUCAA